GGAUUGGCCUAUUGGUUUUGGGAGGAGAUGGUUAAGGAGCCUUUCAUAAUGUGAAUAUGUCAUAAGAUGUGGUAGUGGAGAGAACUGGUAUAACCCCUAAUGCAGGUUUAUUUGUACCUUGUAACUGGUUAGAAUGAUCCCUAAUUUAUGUUUGAUGGGAUAGCAAUUGCCUAUACAAUGUCCAUGCAAAAGAAAAGCCAUCAAAAUACCACAACAUUUCAUUGCAGGGAUACACCUUUAAAACCAAACCCACUGUCCCUUGAUUAAAGAGCCGAUCAUGUUUUCGGCUGCUGUAUAAACUAGAAUUCCCAGCAUGUCUUGGGAUAACAACCCUUGUGGGUUACUCAUUGCUCCUCCUUUUUCACCAUCAGAUCAUCCCUUUCCUUUCAUAAAUCAUGUUAAAAAAAUAAACAAUGUAGUUACAUUGUCAGUGUUGUUUUGCAUUAAUUGUUAGUGGAUAAAUUAGUAGCCAUAGUGGUCUUAGUUUCGUUUCUGCCUUGUUCCCUCCCUGAGCUACUUCGAUUAAAAUGAAUCUUCACUCUGUAAAGACCAGCAAUCGGCUACUGCUCAGAGUAAGAAUAACACAAGCAAAAGUAAGAAGCACAAGCAAAGCAGCUUUUUUACAAGCAGGAAUAACAGAGGCAAGGGGAUGAGUGAGUCAAAGGAUACGCUGAAAUCCCAUUUGGAUGAGCUGAAAUGUCACUUUACAUGGGGGCUACAGGAAAAGGAUGCGGAUAUUGAAGAACUGGAAGAAAGACUUAACUAUCAACUAGAAUAUUUGAAUGUGGAUUCUAAAGGGAGGGUAUAUAACCUGCUGGCCUAUGUAAACCACUUGAAGAACAAUAAUACAGAGGCUAUUGUGAAUCUCCAAAAAUCAGAGGGAAUUCUUUGGGAUUCUAAAGUAUUGGAGACCGACAUAAAAUAUCUGCUGACCUUCUCCAACUAUGCGUGGGUCCAUUACUACCUUAAUGAUAGUGAAAGCUCCAAGCUCUAUAUUGAGAAGAUAAAUGCCAUUUAUACACAAUCAAAAGGGAUUGAAGAUCUUGUGCAAUCUGAGACCAAUGGAGAACAAGGAUGGGCUCUGGUGAAUUUUUGUAGCCAAUAUUAUGAGAAAGCAAAAGACUGUUUUGAAGAGGCUCUUAAAGCGAAUCCAGAUGAUCCUGAAUGGAAUACUGGACUGGCAACUGUAGUUUAUCGUAUGGAGGACUUUCGAGGUAGAGACUGGCCCGGUUUCAAAAGUUUUUCUUUCCAGCUACUUCAACGGGCAGUUAAGCUGAAUCCAAAGGACUCUGUGAUUAAGGUACUUUUUGCUUUAAAACUACAGCAGUUAAAGAAACAAGAAGAGGCAAUAAAGUAUAUUAAGGAUGCCCUAGAACUGACACCAGAUCUUCCAUAUGUGCUUCGCUAUGCUGCCAAAUUUUACAGGCGAGCAGGGAUGUUUGAGCCAGCCAUUCAUGUCCUGAAGAAGGCUUUAAACAUAACUCCUACCUCUGGUUUUCUCCAUCAUCAGCUGGGACUGUGCUACAGAAGAAUGCUUAUACAAAGAGAGAGAUUAAGAAGAGUUUAUGGUGAUUACAGAGGUCAAGACACACAAGCAAUAAAGAAUCUUACAGAAAGGACCAUAUUUCACUUUGAAAUGACAUUGGAAGUGAAAAAAUCAUUUUUGCAUGCACAUUUUGAUUUAGCCGAAAUGUACAUCAGAUCAUAUCAACAUAAAAAAGCAGAGGAAACCUAUAAAAAAGCCAUAGAGCUAACAACCACUCCUGAAUAUGAGAAACAACAAGUCCACUUACAUUAUGGAACAUUUCUGGAAAACUGCAAGAAAUCUGAAGAUGAAGCUGUGAAGCAUUACAAGGAAGGGCUGCGGAUUCCUGAUCAGAAUAAACACAGGCAAGAGUGUGAGGCGUCUCUGAGAAGGAUAGCCAGUGAGAAGUUAGAGAGAAACCCCAGUGAUGCUUCAGGGCUUGCUUUGCUUGGGUUCAUCAGUAAGGAAAACCAGGACUAUUUAAAUGCAAUGAAAUGGUAUGAAAAAGCUUUAAGUGAUGAUACAUCCAAUGAUGAAUAUCUGAGUGCUCUCUUUGAUCUGAAGUUGAUGUUAACAAAAUGAAUGGAAAUCACCUGUAUUUCUACACAUAGAGAUAUAGCCACAAAAUAAUUUCAAAUUAGGCUCAUACAGCACUUUACACAUUAGCAUGCUUCAGUUAUACGCAAUAAUUGUUCAUGGUUGUUCCUACUCCACUGGAGAAUCAAAAGUUGCAAAAUGUACCAAGGAAACAUUCCAUACUGCCGGAGUAUUCUUCUUGAAAUGGCCUGAUAUCAGUACCAUCCCCAAAAAACUAUUCUGGGGCUUUAGGGGUCACUUAAAGGCAGAGGGGGGCCCCUGCAAUGCUUGGAGUUGCAGCAGAAAAAGGGUAAGAGAAGGGUAAGAGAAGCAUAAAGAGGAACUGUUGUCUAAAAUGUAACACAAGCUUCAUCCAAUCGAAAUAAGAAACUUUUUAAAAACAGUUUCAAAUUCUGGACCUUUUCCCUGAAAUAAUUAAGUUACUAUUCACUAUUCC